GUUUUCGAGCGUAAUAAUUACAUCUACAAGUUCGUUUUUCCUGAGGACGAUAAACGCACUUGGUAUGAAGCAGAGACGCUUUGCCAAACAGCAGAAAACGGUCAUUUGACAAGCCUCGUUUCACCCAGUGAAAUCACAUGGGUAGAUAGCGUCAUCAAAAACGUGGUGCCAAGUCAAGGUACAAAGGUCAAAUUGUGGAUCGGAGGAAGCGACCGGAACGUUAACGAUGUAUGGGAUUUCGUCGAUGGCCAACCCCUCCGGUAUAACGUUGUUCCCUGGGCCCCGGGUCAACCCAGGAGACCCCAACAACACGUGAACUAUGAAUUCUGUGUAAGCUUGGAAUUUCAGGGAGAACGUUCUGUAUGGUUUGUGGAUNAGCGUCAUCAAAAACGUGGUGCCAAGUCAAGGUACAAAGGUCAAAUUGUGGAUCGGAGGAAGCGACCGGAACGUUAACGAUGUAUGGGAUUUCGUCGAUGGCCAACCCCUCCGGUAUAACGUUGUUCCCUGGGCCCCGGGUCAACCCAGGAGACCCCAACAACACGUGAACUAUGAAUUCUGUGUAAGCUUGGAAUUUCAGGGAGAACGUUCUGUAUGGUUUGUGGAUGACUGCUUUGAAGCAAAUGGAUACAUUUGUAAGUCUGAUGGUAAGUACAGUGUAAGUGGUGCUCAGUUUUCACAGUCUAUUAUUUGAUCAAACUCAUGUUUGAUCGUCUCACCGGAUACAAUCCGGAAAGCUUUUCGUGAGAACGUGAAAAUCUACCUGGUUGAAUGUUAACAGCACAGAACUGGAACAAUUCUUUCCACACAUCUCGUCGAACACCGCGCAGGAGCGAUAACGACCCACUUUCAAGAUAAUCAAGAUAGGCUGGUAUGGUUUUCGAGUCGGCGCGAACAAGAGCUAUCCUGUAAAGUGUGAACCUGACUCAAUGUGGUGUGUAGUAUGAACAUAGCCUUACGGUACAAUUAAGCGAUAAAAAGUCCUCGAAGGCUUUCCCUACUAGGCGCCAAUGUAUGUAGUAUACCAUUGUUAAGUGUUGCCCCAUGUAAAGGAAUCCAUACAGUCUUGGAUUCAGGAUUCCACGCUAUAAAUUCCGGAUCCCAGGUACUGAAUUCCAUAUUCUCUUUGUCAGUGUGGAACUUGAAUUCAGGAUUCCGAUCGUCAGUGGGUUCCGGAUUCCUUGAGCUGUAUUCCAGAUUCCAAAGCUCAGGAUUUCGGGUUCCUCAGGAAAAGUUUCCGAUAAAUGAUUUAGGUGAUAACCAUCAAGUUGUUUUUCCGCAGAACCAGCUGAAAGGUUAACAGAGAAAAGAUUUGGAUACAGUAAGUUUUAUUACAUUGGCUUGUUUUUCCCUUGGGUUUUACGAGAUUCUUGCGAUACGCGUAUUUCUAGUAAAUGGCCGACCAGCCUCACUGCCCUAAAGGGUACUCUGAAAAUAAGACAAAGCACAAUAUUAUUUACAGGUUGAAUUACAAAUUUCAACUUAAAAACUAAAUGCAGCACCUUGUGGUAUCAGUACUCAUAUGAGUUUGAGCGUAAUAGCCAACAUGAAAUACAACAUGCUUCGCGGACAAUGACAAGUUUCUCUGGAUUACUCGGCUUACACGCUGAAACAUCUUAUUCAGCCUUUCAACCAACACUUGCAGCGCAGUUUCUAAGUACUUAUUUUUACGUCACGUGACCCAAAUGGCAACGUCGUAAAAGGAUAAGGCUGAAAUGUGAUUGGCUUAAUAUUGAAAGUUACGUCGCCCCAUCACCCAGUGAAACAAUCAGCCGGCAAUGUUUUGCAGUAAUGUAUUGCAGGCCAUGUGCAGCUGUAUUGAAGUGGCAUAUCAUUUCUUUAGUGGUGAAGCGAUAUUAUCUUUAAAAUUCCCUUCGAAAGAAACCAGCUGAUGAGAGAAUAAGUUUGUUAUUCAUUCUCACUGGCUUUCAAUUGCACCUGUUAUUUUAGGUUGGGAGUGGAAACAGCACAUCUACAAGUUUAUUCCCCUACCGUGGGCUGGCCUGAGUUGGACAGAGGCAGAGAAAUACUGUGAACAAAUAGAGGGCGGACACUUACUAAGCAUUCGAACUCGAAAGGAAAGCCGAUGGGUCACCGAAAGAAUCCGUCAGAUUCGUCAAAUAAUAGGAUUCUCCAAGUUUUGGAUUGGAGCUUCAGAUUUUGGUCACGAGGGAACUUUUCAAUGGAGUGAUGACACCAAUAAUCGUCCUAUAAACUUUACCAGGUAUACGGGAGGGGAAGCAGUAGUAUUACAGAUUACAUGCCUAGUCCAUCGCACUGGUGCGGAAGGAAACGAUAGAAAAGGGGCCACAACCUCCGGCCGGAGUUUCACCCGGCUUUUGUGGGGUGGGGUGAUAGGGAUAUUAGGGUCAAAGGGGUCAUAGACACCAAAGAUGACAUGAGAUUGACCGUUAUUUUCUGAGAGUAUUGCCUACUUUUCUCUGACCGGGAAAGGUAAAUAGAAAGUGGUUAAUAAGGUUGAGGGUCAAAGGGGGGAAAGAUAGCCGAAGGUUACUGAACCCGCGGGAUGAUAUGGGAGCAUAUACUUCCUUUCCUCCAACUCCCAGCUUCCACUGGGAUAGAAUUUAUAACGGCUGGGAAGAAGCGAAAAGGAUUUAACCUGAUUAACCGUUCUCAACCAAAUGGGGUGAGAGUGUCUUACAGCUAGGAAGCGACUUUGAGCUUCAUUCACCGGAUAUCUUAUCGAACUCCAUCACCCUUAUCUUCCCUACAAGAUGCUAUAAAACUGGUAUCGUAACCCUCCCCACCCCCCGAAACCUUAUCGAGCCUCUUAUUGGACUUGCUCUAUAACUUCUAUUUUGACACCAUUUUAGUAGGCUCGAUUACCAGCCUCUGUUCCGGAAAAUGAGCCCGCAUUCAUCCCCCUGAAAGAGUUUCUUCGGGGAGGAUCAAAGACUGGACCUGGACCGGACUCAGGAGACUGCGGAGAUCGAGCCUACCAUUUUUGACGCUUCACACAUUUUUCAGGGGCGUUUUCUCGGUCUGGAACAGGUAUCUAUUUCGAGCCUUGCUUUAAAGUUGUAGCCUUAUUUAAACAUUCCGUAAUUACUCGAUUAAACGCCGCCCUCAAAGGAAUACCACAGAUGGAAGCAAAAAUUAGCAAUAAACGCCUCAUCGGAAACGCUAAAAAUUUAGUAAACAUCGCGGAAUUUAAUCGAAUAAAGCCGGUUCGUGGAGUGAAAUCGCUACCUGUUGGCGGACGCCUCAUCUAAUAUUUAAUCGCCUUUAGUAAUUGUCAGCUAUCAUUUCUGUUCAUCUCACAGCUGGGCAAAAGGUGAGCCCUCGGUGCACAAUACAAAUAACCUCAGGGAGGAUUGUGUGGCAAUACAAGCUGAUCCUGAAUGGGGGAAAUGGAGCGACGAAAGAUGCGUCAUUGCGACUCCUUUUAUAUGUAAAACAAGAGGUGAGUCAUUCAGUGCCGUUCUUAGGCACCGUCCAAGCGAAUUCGUUUUUGCUGUUAUCAGAAACGCAUCGAUUGAUUCGCGUUCACAGUGCCGUCUUGAUGCGUUUUCGACUGUCCACGCUAAAACUUGCGAAAACAGUAGAAUUGCACGUUGUGACGCACGUUGAGCUUUAUGCGCAUGCUACAAUCACACGCGCCUGCGAUAUUUUCAGUCACGGUUUUCAUUUUGAUGCGUUUUCGACCGAUAAUACGAUAUGUAUGCAUUUUAGUUUUGAUCAUUUACUUUCAAGAGCGUUUUCAAACCGAUGCGUUUUCGAUGAAAACGCUCAGAGUAUUAGGGCGAACGGAAGGCCUAAAUGCAUCAAAAUGUACGCGAUUUUAAAGAGAAACGUAUUUGUGUGGAGGAGGUCUUCGACUACACCAGGGAUCUUCGUUACAAAAACUAAGAAAGCAACGCUGACUUAACACUACUUAAAAAUUUAGCUGCCCCAAACUAUAGAGGCAUUGAAGAGCUGGCCGGGACUAGGUGUUCCGCUCAGUUAAAAGCUUGUAAACGCAAUCCAAGUUUUUUGACCUCUGUACACUGAAUAAAUUCUCUUAUUUUAGUUAACUUAACUAGAAAUAGUAGAGAAAAAAAUCUAAGUGACGGAGCAACUAACGGACACAAAUUUACUCCCGAGUAAACAGCGAAAGAAACUACGUACUGAGAAAAACAAAAACAACAUAAAACUUAUUUAAAACAAGUAGAAUUUUUGAAAAAAAUCCAUUUUCUCCAGUUCCUUUGCCCUGUAAAAAAAAAAACACCCACGAGAAUUUUUCAAAUAAAAAAGAUUCCUUGUCACAUAAAGACAAAUCAAACGAGACCCUUUCGUCUGGACCGGAAGUAUGACCUAAGAAGCAGUCAGUCGCUCUCACUUAAAGAAGAAGCUAAACGUUUUGUGUGGUCCGUGAUCGAAAACUUCCACAUCUCGGCAAAUGGCACUCGGGUAGGAUUUAUACGGUCUUCUGCAAUAGCCAGUGUCAUAUUUGACUUUCAGUUCAGCGCGGAUAACAAUAUUUUACGCUUAAAAGAGAUGGUCGACAACAUCGUUUUUGCUGAAGGAGGCAGCACAAAACACGAACUCGCGUUGCAGUUGGCUCGUGUGAACCUCUUCUCGGCAAAUGGCGGCUCACGACCCGGUGUGCCGAAGGUCCUCAUCGUGUUAACCAAGGGAAAAUCGGAGAACAUUCUUGCUGUUGCGCGCUCAUCCAUGGCAUUGAAGAGAAACAACGUGACUAUUGUGGUUGUAGGAAUCGGCGAGGAGGUUAACAUAGAGGAGUUGCUAACAAUGGCGUCAACCGCUGGCGAUAUGACUAGGCUGAAUACAUUCAGAGAGCUCAAGACCCUAGUUAGUACAAUGAAGAAUAAAGUUUGUGACGGUGAGUAG